AAGGGGCAAGGAAUGCGAUCUGAUCACGCCUCGUCCCGCUGCUCCUGAGCUGGGGGGCGAUGGCCAUGGCGCUGGGGGUGAACCGGAGGACCACUUCUCCCACCCGCUCCCCCAUCGACGGUGGUGCCGGGGCUCCUCCAGUCCCACAAUGUCACCGGGUGAAGCUCUCCGGCGCCGACUCCAACUUCCUCGCAAACAUCUCCGGGUCCGGCGCCAGAGUGGCGGUAGGCGUCCCUCGCGAGAUGCGUCUCGCCCUGAGCUCGUCCAACAAGUCCACCGCCGGCGGUGGAGGAGUUGUUCGGAUCACAGCCGUCGAUUUCGUGGCCUUGUGCGGUGAUCCUGCGGAUUGCAUCCGGACAGGGUGUCACAUACCUCACGUGCCAAUUGCCACGCUAACCAUCCUAAUCCUUUAUCCGGAGCGUCGACUCUCGGAGUUUCUCGGCGUUUUCCUAGGAUGAAACCAGGAAAUGGAAAUCACGCCCGCCCACGUGUUAACACGUCUCCAUCUCAACCGUCCAGCAAGCGCCCUUAUAACCUUCUAACGUUUAUAGGGCUCUAAUCCCUCGCGGCGCGGAUCGUAUUGCCCUAAGCCAUCCUUCUCUUCGAAGCAAAGGAGGCAGAACCCUAAAGGAAUGUCGGGGGCGUAUGGUUCCGGCGGAGCAGACGGCUCUGCUCCUCUGCCUGGCGGCGGCGGCGGCGGUUACGGCAGGGGAGGUGGGGGUGGAUACGGAGGAAACCCCCCAAAUCGAGGCGGCGGCGGCGGCUAUGGUGGCGGUGGGUAUCAAGGCGGUGAUCGUGGAGGACGCGGCGGCGGCCGAGGUGGGGGUCGUGGAGGCGGGCGGGAUGGGGAUUGGGUCUGCCCUAAUUCUAGUUGUGGAAAUCUGAACUUUGCGAGACGAGUUGAAUGCAAUAGAUGUGGUACGCCAUGUCCUGGCGGUGGCGGAGUGGGUGGUGGUUCAAAUAGAGGAGCUGGUGGUGGUAAUUUUAGUGGAGGUGGGGGUGGUGGUGGUUACAAUCGGGGUGGUGGUGAUUAUAGUUCGGGAGGUCGUGGUGGUUACAAUCAACGUGGUGGAGAUUACAAUUCUGGUGGUGGUAGUGGUGGUUAUAAUCGAGGUGGAGCUGAUUUCAAUACUGGCGGCGGCGGCGGUGGUUAUAACAGUGGUGGUCGGAGUUUUGAUGGGAUUCGUGAUGGUAGAAGUGGUGGAAGAGGAGGUUAUAGUAAUCUUUCUGGCAGGGAAGAUGGUGGUUUUGCUAAUCGAGAUAAAGAGGAGGCUGGUUAUGCGCAGGUUUCACCACCCGCCCCUGCCUCCGCCCCUUAUGGGGGUCCUGUGGGGAACUACCCUCCUGCUCCCAACUCUUAUGGUGGGGUUAAUGCUUAUGGUGCUGACCCUGUUCCACCACCUAAUAACUUUGGCGGGUCUAGUUCCUAUCCCCCGAGCUAUGGUAUCCCACCAUCGAAUCCUUACAGUAGUGAUGCCCCCAUGGGUCAUGGAGAUCCACCUGUUAGUUAUGAUGGUGGAUAUGCUGGUCGCCCGAUCUCAGGCCGUCAGGGUGGUGCUGCUGCUCCACCACAUAACAGGGCUGGUGGGUAUGGUGCUGUUCCUGUUGAGUCCCCUGUGAAGAUUAAGCAAUGUGAUGCAAAUUGUGGUGAGUCGUGUGAUAAUUCAAGAAUUUACAUCUCAAAUUUGCCACCAGAUGUGACUACUGAGGAACUGAGGGAGCUUUUUGGUGGCAUUGGGCAGGUUGGACGGAUUAAGCAAAAACGGGGUUACAAGGAUCAGUGGCCUUGGAAUAUAAAAAUUUAUACUGAUGACUCUGGAAAUAACAAAGGAGAUGCUGUUCUUUCUUAUGAAGAUCCCUCAGCAGCGCAUUCUGCUGGGGGAUUUUUUAACAACUACGAUAUGAGGGGCUACAAGAUCAAUGUUGCAAUGGCUGAGAAGUCUGCACCUAGAGCUGCACCAACAUAUGGUCAUGGCAGAGGUGGCAGAGGUGGUGCAUAUGGUGGUGGCGAUAGGCGCAGGGAUAAUUUCCGUGAUGGUGGUGGACUGGGGCCUGAUAGGCACUAUCAUGGUGGUCAGCGAUCGCGUCCUUACUGAAGAAGGGCAAUUAUAUAUACUAGGAAUGUGAUCUGAGAGAAACCCUUUCUAUUCCUAUUCACCAGACUUGUACUCAAAGAGGACUCUAAGGUAGGUUGAGCCUAUUUCCUUAGGACUUCUCUCUUUGAAAAAGUUGGAUGGGCAUUAGUUUCUUGAACCUAAAAUUGAUUUAAAUUGUUGUCAGUGUUUUCUAGAGGCAGGUGGAUGUAUUCUCCAAAUUGCUGGUAGGUUUGAUAUUUUCAGGUGAGUGCCCUUUUUUUAAAACUUGCCACUGAUGGUCUCUCAUAGCAUGAAUUAAUUUUUGUUCUUUACAUUUGCAUUAACUGAUUUGCAUGAAGCCCAUGGUAGAUUGGUUAGUUCUUGUAGUGCCUUCAUCCGGUCUUCAACCAUGUCUGACUGUGUUUAUGCUGGGAACUAGUUUGCCUUCCCUCGUGUGCAUUCAGUUUCUUUCAGAGGCAGCUUAAGUUGCCAUCCGAUGUAUGGUUUGGCACUUGAAGCCUUGGGUUCAUCUAGGGAUUUGGAGACGGAAGUUGUAAUUGGUGAGGCGGUUCUCCAGUCCACCCGGUGUGGGCAACCCCCAAGCAACUCAUCUCAUUACACAUGCAUCGCAUGGGUAGAAAUCCAAUACCAUAGAUAUAGCAUAUCUAGCAGACAGCUGAAGUAGGUUUACUGUUGCUAUCAAAUCCAGGGCCUGUUUAGGUUAUCCAGCUUAAUUUCCUUCUGGAUAUACCUGGAUUGGGUAGUCCAUUUGGGGUUGGUUUGUAUUAACGCAGCAUCCCGCAGCCUGGGUGGAAUUAUCCAAAGAGGCCCUCCUGGGGUACCCAGAAUUAAAAAUUCCAUUCUAAUGGUACUUUUGGGAGCUUGCUGGUGUGGUAGUUAAGCUUGGAUUAUGGUCCAUUUUGAUGUCGAAUCUCUUGAUAUCCAAGAAUCCUUGGACUGCAGGUUAACGUUCUAGUUGGUCCCCACACGUCUUUAUUCACAGAUCCUUAAGUGAAUCCAGGGCUUCCCGUUUCUCCGUGCAUGAUUAUUUUCCUCUGGAAUGGCUUGUUGAGGGUUAGCGCUUUAUGAGAUUUUUCUCGUUUCUGGACAAGAUCAUUAUUCAUUAUCAUCAAUUUUCUGUUUGGAUGAUUUUUGUUGAGUCAGUCAUUCCCCUGCGUUGCCAACACGCUCAGAUCUUUAAAAGUUUCAAGGAUGCGGAUUCUUUACGGUGCGCAAUUUGCAUUGUAAAGUGUCGUGCAGGGGCUGAUGGCUGUUAUGAGAUGGAUAUCUAAAAAAAAAAAAAGACCAGCUCUACAUGAAUGUGCUGCCGUCGGUGAAACCUUCCGUCUUCUAAUAACGGUGAUCAGAUAUUGCAUGGUAGUUUUUUGGUUUUUUUUGGUGGCAUGGCAUGCUCGUUUCCAUGGUCGCGGAUCCGUCAUGGGACCAAGCUAUUGCUUGACUUGUAAAAUUAAAUGAACAAAAGAAUGAUUCGGGCCAACCGGGCGUUGCGUUGGAGGAGGUUAUGCCGUUGCGCUUCUAGCUCAUAGUUGAGCCGGACGGUGAUGCGGGACGUGCGAGUGUUUGAGGAUGAUCAAAGCAAGCAAUGUAAAUUGAUGUGCCUUCUGAUCAAAUUCCGGACCGUGGUGCGGCAGUUUCAAGACGGCUGGCCAAUCUAAAGGAAACGUCAUUCAAGGAUUUUGGUUCUUCACUUGGAAAUGUGAUUAUGUAGUUGUUGACCUAGUAUUUUUUAUGGAAACAUUAACAUUAUUUUAGUGUUCUUUUAAUAUGUCUGUUUAGGUUUCCUCAUGGAUCCUCGUUGUGAGCUAAGAUUGGCGAAUGCUUGUCCUUCCCAGCGGAGUCAACAUGCCAUGCAUUGGUGCUGUUCAGAUUCCUGCUUGUGAUUUCUAGUCUAUCACUACCAAUUUCCAGCCAAAGUUUUAUUUCGUUGGUGGCUUGAAUAAAAAAGAUUCAAAGA